UUUUUUUUUUGAAGGCAAUCAAAACCAGGCCAAUUGUAAGCAGCAAUAUAACCAUAUGUUCAGAUCAUUGGCUCGUAACUUAUCUACUACACGUAUACUACGAACCAUGUCUAAAACCGAAGAAGAAUGGAGAGCUGUAUUAUCCCCUCAACAAUUUAGAGUUUUGAGAGAGCAAGGCACUGAAGCUCCAUAUACUGGAGAAUAUACUGAUACCCCAGCAAGUUCAAUAGGAUUCUACGAAUGUGUAGGAUGUCAACAACCAUUAUAUAAGGCAGAUACGAAAUUUAAAGCUCAUUGUGGAUGGCCAGCAUUCUAUGAAGCAUUGCCUGGAGCUAUCACUACCCAUAAGGAUAUAACUCAUGGAAUGGUAAGAGAAGAGAUGAGAUGUUCCAAUUGCGGAGGACAUUUGGGUCAUAUAUUCAGAGGUGAAGGAUACAAAACUCCUACAGAUGCAAGACAUUGUGUGAACAGUAUAUGUCUUAAGUUUAAUUCUGAAGAUAAGGCAUAAUAUUUGAAUUUGUUAGAGAGAGGGAGAAUGGGCGUUUGAUGGAAACUAUAUAGAGACAUAUUUAAAUAACAUAAGGAAUAUAAAU